AUGCAGACGACUCAAAAUCCAAGUUCUAAUGAUUUCUCUCUCAAGGAGACGUCUCCGAUUCUGGCCGGAGGAAGAACCACCGGCGGUGCAACCGCCUUCGACCUCGUGGAGCAGAUGGAUUAUCUUUACGUUAGGGUUGUCAAGGCAAAAGAAUUGCCGAAUAAGAAUGUCAAUGAUAAUCCUUACGUCGAAGUCAAGCUUGGGAACUUCCGAGCCGUAACGAGGCAUUCAUCGGAGAAGAAUCAUCCGGAGUGGAAUCAGGUUUUCGCAUUCACCAAGGAUCGAAUCCAGACGAUUUUUCUCGAGAUUUUCGUCAAGCAUAAAGGUUUGAAGAACGAUGAUGAGUUUAAUGGGAAAGUUGUGUUUGAACUCUAUGAAAUUCCGAAGAGAGUUCCUCCAGAUAGUCCUCUGGCUCCGCAAUGGUAUACACUCGAGAAUCAAAACGGACAUAAGGCGAAAGGUGAGUUGAUGUUGGCUGUCUGGUUAGGUACGCAAGCAGAUGAAGCUUUCUCCGACGCUUGGCUCUCCGACGCAGCCGCAGUCACCGGCGAUAACAUGGCAAGCACGAGAUCUAAGGUUUAUCUCUCACCAAAACUUUGGUAUCUUAGAGUAAAUAUCAUUGAGGCUCAAGAUUUACAACCUAGUGAUAAAUCACGGCCACCGGAGAUGUCCGUUAAGGUUGUCGUCGGUAACGUGUCUAUGAAAACGAGUAGUUCUCAGUGUAAGAGUGUGAAUCCAAUGUGGAAUGAGGACUUGAUGUUUGUUGUUGCGGAACCGUUCGACGAGUUCUUCAGUUUCGUCGUGGAGGAUAAAGUUGCUAUCGGAAAAGGUAGGGUUUCAUUACAGAGCGUGGAGAAGAGAUGGCAGAAUAGUAACGUGAUUAGCAGAUGGUACAAUCUUGAGAAACUAAUCGGACCAGAGCAGAAACAGGAGAUGAAGAUUGUUGGUAGGGUUCAUAUGAGAAUCAGUUUGGAUGGAGGUUAUCAUGUUCUAGACGAGUUAACUCAGUACGCAAGCGAUCUAAGAGCGACGGCUAGGAAUUUGAAUUUGAAUAAACCGAGCAUCGGUGUCCUUGAAUUAGGUAUCUUAAACGCUUCAGGUCUAGCGGCGAUGAAGAUCAGGAAUGACGGAUGCGGAACCACCGAUGCUUACUGCGUUGCGAAAUACGGUCAGAAAUGGAUUCGGACGAGGACGAUCGUCGAUUGCUGUAAUCCGAAAUGGAAUGAACAAUAUAGAUGGGAAGUUUUCGAUCCGUGUACUGUAAUCACCAUUGGCGUUUUCGAUAACUGCCAUUUGCACGGUGGUGGUGGUGAUAAGGAUGUGAGGAUUGGGAAGGUUAGAAUUAGGUUAUCGAUGCUGGAAACGAAUCGAGUUUACACACAUUCGUAUCCGCUGAUCGUAAUUCAACCUACGGGUGCAAAGAAGAUGGGAGAGAUUCAAUUAGCGAUUCGAUUCAGUUAUUCAUCUUUAGCAAACAUGCUUCAAAUGUAUUGGCAACCGCUUCUUCCAACAAUGCAUUAUCUUCAUCCGUUAUCGAUUUAUCAACAGAACACAUUACGGCACCAAGCGACUCAAAUCACGGCGAUGAGACUGAGCAGGGCGGAGCCACCGUUGAGGAAGGAGGCGGUGGAAUUCAUGCUUGACGUCGAUUCGCAUCUAUACAGUAUGAGGAAAUGCAAAUCUAACAUGUGUAGAAUCGAAGAAGCUGUAUCGGGAAUAGCUGCGUUCAUCGAAACGAUGAAAGGAAUCUGUAGUUGGAAAAAGCCAGUCAGAUCUGUUCUAGCUCAUGUGAUUUGUUUGGUGUUGAUUUUACAACCUAGGUUGAUAUUGACGUCGAUUAUGUUCUCGAUUCUUAUGAUUGGGGUUUGGAAUUACAGGACGAGACCUAGAUCUCCUCCGUAUAUGGACGCGCGGCUAUCGAAUGCGGAUGUGAUGAACGAAGAUGAAUUGGAUGAGGAGUUUGAUACGUUUCCUUCUUCAAGGACGGCGGAUGUGGUGAAAAUGAGAUAUGAUCGGAUGAGAUAUAUAGCGACUAGGUUUCAAACUGUUACUGGAGAUUUGGCUACGAUGGGAGAGAGGUUUCAUUCGAUAAUGAGCUGGAGAGAUCCUAGGGCUACGGCAUUGAUCUUGAUCUUCUGUUUUGUGGCUGGUAUUGUGUUUAUGUUGAUUCCGAUGCCGGUGCUGUUUAUCAUUUCUGUCUUUUAUCUUCUCAGGCAUCCUAGGUUUCGACAUCCGUUGCCAUCUUUGCCGAUCAAUUUCUUCAAGCGGCUGCCGGCGAAGACAGACUGUUUGUUAUAA